UGUCAAUUGUCAAAAUACGAGUAUAAAAAUUUCAUUUUUCCCCCCACAUUCGAACGGUGCGAUCGCUCGAAAGCAGUAACUCUCUAAAAAAAUAACAUCGGAAAAACUGAACAUACAAAAAAAAAAAUUAAGAAAACAAUAAGGCAAACGCUAACCGAAACCAGGAAAAGAAGCGCAAAGAAGAGUGUAUGGUGUGUGUGGAAGUGUGUGCGAGCAACAAGAAGCGGAGGCAAAAAGAGGAAAAAGUGGAAAAACUUUCGUCAAGUUUGCGUUCCAUGGUAUUUCAACAAUAAAUUCCGCACGCCAGGCCCAAAUUACGCAAAAUAAUCCCCCUAAUCAAAAUGAGCAGCUCCGAGGAAGUCUCCUGGGUCACCUGGUUCUGUGGACUUCGUGGCAAUGAGUUCUUCUGCGAGGUGGACGAGGACUACAUACAGGACAAAUUCAAUUUAACUGGUUUAAAUGAGCAGGUGCCCAACUAUCGCCAGGCCUUGGACAUGAUCUUGGAUCUGGAGCCUGAGGACGAGCUCGAGGACAAUCCCCUGCAGUCCGACAUGACCGAGCAGGCCGCCGAGAUGCUCUACGGCCUCAUACACGCUAGAUAUAUACUAACAAAUCGCGGCAUCGCUCAAAUGAUCGAGAAAUAUCAAACUGGCGAUUUCGGACACUGCCCACGUGUCUACUGCGAAAGUCAGCCUAUGCUGCCAUUAGGUCUGUCGGACAUCCCCGGCGAGGCAAUGGUGAAGACCUAUUGCCCCAAGUGCAUUGACGUGUACACACCAAAAUCGUCGCGCCACCACCAUACCGAUGGCGCCUAUUUUGGCACUGGAUUUCCACACAUGCUCUUCAUGGUGCAUCCCGAGUAUCGUCCCAAGCGUCCUACUAAUCAGUUUGUUCCAAGGCUGUAUGGCUUUAAAAUACACAGCUUAGCUUAUCAAAUUCAGCUGCAGGCAGCAGCUAAUUUUAAAAUGCCACUACGAGCGCAACGUGGUCAGCCGCCCAAGGACGAAGAGCCUGAGAAUAAUGCCGAUACGGUCCCCAAGCGCCUCUAAGCGCAAGCAGUGCAGCCAAGCAGUCCAGCAGCCGAUACACACCCACACAUAGACACUUCAACUCAAUCACACACACACACAUACAGGCCGGGACACACUGAAAACGAAAGUUUGGAAAAGCGAGCGAGAAUAUGUUUACGAAAAAAACCCCAGAUAGACAGGAAGGACCAACAUCAAAAUCUUCAACGCUGGAUCCAUUAACACAUACAGAAACGAAACACACACACAGUCAGCUUCUGUUCGAAAAAAGAAGGAAAAUAGGAUCAGGUGCAGUGUGGCCAGAGCUUUGGACGAAAGGGUAAAGGAUAAUCUAAUAACAAAAAAUGUAUCACUUGCUUUAAAUUGGAGCCCUUUCUUGUCAGUAAAUAUGUGUUCUUCUAAAUUUGUUCUGUUUAUUUCAAAAAGAAAGAACUUCUUUCAUUAUUUUAAAGUUAAAAUAUUUUUAAUCCAUAAUGUUAAGGAAAUGUUAUAUAUUAUAAUGUAUUUAAUUAAUACAUUUUCCUAAUUUGACCGUUAUUAGAUUACUUUCCACUCUGCGAGUUGCACUAAAACUCGGGUCACACUGAACAAGUUUAUUCAACUAUAUAUUUUGCAUUUUAUUUAUUAAGUGAAAUGAAAGGGGCUAAACCGAUUUAUAAUUAGUCUUUAAAAUAUUAAGUCAAGUGGCCGGAUACCCACCUCUGUUCCCUCAUUUCUAUUUCCCUUCGAAAAAAAAAACACGAUAACGAUUCCGAACCCCAACCUAUUAGCUUUUUCUUCAAAGCGUACUACUUCAAGAACUUUGAAAAAUCAAGAACAACAGUAAAAAAAAAUCCAAAACUGAACGUGAGCCGAAUUCGAAACAUUUCGGUGUUCCCUUUUUUCGAAAUCUGAGAGUGCAUAUAAUUAUAUAGAAAUACAUAUACAUAUAACAUAUAAACAAUAUACCGUUAGCUUAUUUAUAUAUGUACACACACACAUACACAUCCAGACCUGUUCCCAAAUUUCAAAUUGCGUUUAAAUUAAGCGAAUUCGGAACUUCAGUUAUUUUCACCCCCAAAAAACCGGAGAAACUUAACACUUCCGGGGCGGAGUGAACUUUCUGCUAUUCCGAGUUCGUUAAAUUCAAGAUCGAAUGCGAAAACAAGAACAGAACUGAUAUUUAAAAAAAAAAAAAAACAGAAACCAACAAAAUAUUUUAUGUAUUUUUUUAAUGUAUUUAAGAAUAAUUAAGAUUAAAAAAAUGAUAAAGCCGUCGGCGUGUGAAGAUAAUACCGUUAUCACAGGAAUUAUAUAGCAAAACAGAGAUAUGGUUGAUUUGAUGCGCAAGGAAAUGAUGAUGAAUUUCAAUGCCAGCGAAUGAAGAAAAAACAAUAAAGAUGAAAA